GUUGUUGUUCCGACACCAUCUUUUCUGGAGGAUCGCCGUCCAUACUAUGAAGACAGACAGCACAUUGAUAAGCAUGUGCUGGAGAUGAAUAUAGUGUACCAGUACUCACCGUUCCAUACCGCGGAUGCGUUAUUUUCGCAGUUUGCACGAAUUACAAGUACUGCUGGCACACUGGUUGUUUGCUUUAACCUUCGACGUAUCGAAGGUGGCUCGUAUGAGAUGGAUUUCGCAACGGAUGCAUGUGUGGAGCGUGAGCUGGAGAAAUGCGAAAAGAAGGCGCUGGAAUGUAAAUUUUAA